AAAAACCCAUUUCAGUCCAGUGAGAAGGGUCAGCGAAGCAGCACAGACGAGUGAUUAACUAGCGCACAGAGAGAGAAGAAUAGAGUGAGGGUUACGUUUUGCGCAAGAACAGUUAUUCGAGAGGAAAUGGCCCGUUACUUCAAGGAACAAGACAUCGAUGAGUUUCGCGAGUGUUUCUAUCUGUUUGCCCGAAGUGGCCACAUUACGUCGCUGGACGAGCUGACCGUGAUCUUUAGGUCCCUCGGGUUGUCUCCGACCAUUAACGAGCUGACGUCGUAUCUGAAAAAUAAAAAUGGUCGGAUGAGUUUUGCCGAUUUUCUGGAGGUGAUUCACAUGCACUCCCGGGUUGAGAACCUACCGGAGGAGGUGAUUGCGGCGUUCAAGGCUGGAGACAAGGGUGGCCGGGGCCACAUUCCGGCUAGGCAGCUGCGUCAUCUGCUGCAGAACUGGGGCGAAGGGUUGUCCUUCCGGGAGGUGGACAACAUUUUCCGCGAGGCGAACGUGUCCAACAACGGCCAGGUGCGUUACGCCGACUUUGUCCGUGUGGCAUGCGCCCCAGUUCCAGAUUACUACUAAAGAGUCGUUCGCUGCGCCAAAGGCACCUCCGAACAACAACAACACCCGUUCCAGCCCGUACUUGAUUUUAAAUUAAUUAUGCUGCAUAUACUUAAUACUGAUUUAAAAAGCGCGCAAAAAAAACUUUAUUUCGAAAAACAUGAAAAAAACGCGACAAAAACAGAAGCGACCACCGCACUUUAUCUCCUGAUUUAUUUGCUCUGCCUUGUGCAAGGACCUUACUCCUCCUGCGAGUGGGCCCUAUUUUUGUCCCUGUUUUAUAUAUUUUAUAAUUACGCGCCACGUAAACGCAAGAGUGCAUUAAGGGGGCGGCAGCACCCCCACGAACAGAAGCUAAUUUUGAUGCAUUGAAUGCAAUUAUUUCACACGCACACAGUUAAUUUAUUCUACCAUUUUUCCUGUCACUAUUUAGCGGAUGCUACACGCAUGUGUCAGCAUUAAAUUAUAAUUAAUUUAUAAAUUUUGCAGUAUUUGACGAUGCUUUUAGCUUGCGCAUUUGCGUUCGAUUUUUUUAUUAUCAAAUAAAUUACCAAAAGAAAAACAAAAAAAAAAUCGGCUGUCAUCAUUAACCAAAAAGAAAGAAAUCCCACAAACGUCUAAUAAUUAAAGUUGUCUUUUUGUUUCACGGUAUCAAAUGGUAUUUGCUAUUCGACCUUUUUUUUCUUGUUUGCUUGCUUUACUGUUUCUUAUAUUGUAUAAUUUUGCUUUAUUUUGCUGCAGUUUUUCUGCUGUUUCUUCUUGAAGGAAAGGGAAAAUUAUAGUUCGAUUUAUUUGUUCUUCUAAAGUUUAAUAUAAAUGUUAGUUUUAGGUAUAUUUUGUGUUUGAAACUUUCAAAUGAAAAGUUCACUCACAUUUUUUUUAUUGAUUCCUAUUUCAAAUAAUUAACAAUCAACUUCUGUUCUACAAAUAAAUCGUGCCCACCAAACAGAGACCGAGAAAACCUAAAUCGCUCGUCUACCUAGAAAAAUGUUUUGAAUCAUGUGGAUACGAAAAACUUCUAACUAACUACUUGAACGGGUAAAUGCUUAAGGAGUAAUGAUAAUUGCUCUAAUUCAAAUAAGUUACUAGUUUUUUUAAGAUGCUUCCAGUUUGCACCACGAUUUUUUUUAAAUGAACCACCAGUUGUAUAAAAUUUUGAACUUUCUAAAGGACCACUUUGAUUAAAACAAAUAUUAGUAAAAAUGUACAAAACUAAGCUUGAAAAAAAUACCGUUUUCGUUAAGAAAUCAUUCAAAAAUUGAAAAAAAAUCCUUCCAUUUUUCUUGAAGGCAUACGUCACAAGAAAAUACAAUAAAAGUACGUACGGAACAAUUAUUCAAAAGGGAUCAGUCACUGACAAAACUUGCUGAAAUUUGACAGAGCUCGAGAGUCAGCUAUCAUCAUCGACCCGAUCGUUGAAUGUUCACUGACAGUGCCGGUCAUAAUAAUUUUGACAGCAAUCAUUUGAAUGCAGUCAAGUGGCCAAAGAGUUGAGGUGAGAGUCAACAUGACUGUGUGAGUGACUUUGCGUUGCGCUCAUUCGUUCGAAUGUGUGUGAGCGAGACGCAGGGUAUCAAAGUAACAAGGACGAAGCGAAAAACGAAAGACGAGCUCAGUCAACUGUCACAAAAAAUGUUAACUGUUCCGAAGGUUUGCUUAUAUGAGCUUGGAAA